AUGAUGUUAUAUCAACUUAUCAAAAAUACUACUUCUCAAUUUCUUUCCAAAACUCUAAUUUUAAGUAACUUUAAAAAAAGGUAUUAAGAAACCAUCAUAAGAAGCUCAGAAAUCCCUUAAAGCAAUAAAACAUUUUCAAAAUAAGACUAAGAAAAUCUUCAAAAAACAUAAAAAAUAAAAAAAAAUGAAUGCAAAGUUGUAAAAAUAAAAGAAAAAAAAGUAAAAGAAAAUAGUUUAGAAAAAAGAAAAAUAAAAACAGUUAAUAGAAUUUAUAAAAAAAAAGUAAGAAAACUAGAAUAAGUAAAAUAAAAAUAAAACAAAAUCUUAAUAAAUUUAAUAAAACCUUAAAAAAAAUAAAAAUCUUUUAUUCAAAAUUAAAAUAAAAAACUUAAAACAAACCAAUAAAAAAAAUCUUUUCACCAUUCAAAUAAAAUAUUUCUCUUCAGUUUAUAAAAAGACUUAUUAAAAAUAAAAAAAUAAAUUAAAUAAAAUUUAAUAUUAAAAAUAUUUAAAUUUUAAAAAACUUCAAAAUUAUUUUAUAUUUGA